CGCAGCACAGGGAGAGACAGGCAGCGCAGCACAGGGAGAGACAGGCAGCGCAGCACAGGGAGAGACAGGCAGUGCAGCACCGGGGGAGAGUUCAGGAACAGGUACAGGACACACUGAGCCCAGCUAGGAGAAAAGGCUGAAAGCCUGAAGCAGGAAGGAACGUUCAGCUAUGCCAAAACCGACAGUCUGAAUGAAAGGAACAUCGGAGCUCCUGCAACGAACAUCAGAUUUGGGCUGUUAAUAAUCAGUCCCAGCAUGUCUGGGCUGCUGAGUAUUGCAAUUUGCUACAGAACAGAAAUAGAAGCAGAGACACACAGAUGGAUAAAGGAGAUACUUGAAAGGCAAUUUAAUGAGAUAAUUGAAAAAGCCCAUUCUAUAAACAUUAAUGAACACAAUGAAAAUAUCUCCAGAUGUGAUGUCGCUAUUCUCUAUCACUACGAGGAAGAAAACAGAAUAGAUUUGACAAAAGUGAACGAAUUGCUUGAAGAUUCUAAAUGGGAACCAUUAUUUGCUAAAUUCGAGAAGGCCCAAAUCAUUGUGGUGAUGGAUAAUGUGAAGGACAUAAAAAAGAAAGAAGUAAAAAAAGUAGUCAAAGCUAAAGCCCAGAAGCUUUUGCUCUUCCGUAACAAACAUAGAAGUUCAAUCAAUGAUGGGAGAUCUGGAAAUGGAAAAAUAAAGAAAAAACUGGAUAAAUUAAAAAAAGUCUUGGAAGAGCAAAAGGGCAAACCAAAGCAAAAGAAGACACGGGUACAUUUCAAAAAACAUCUGACAGUUGGAAUUUGCUCCCGAGAAUCCCAGGAAACCUAUAACUGGUUAGUGACUCUGCUAAACUCAGAAGACUUCCGUAAGAAAGUGACAGACACACGGCCUGUAUACGUCUCAAACACCUUCUCCCAGUUCAGAAGUGAUGUCUCCGGCUGUACAUUUGCCAUCCUGUAUCACUCGAAGAGAAGAGGGAGAAUAAACGUCACCGAUGUGACAGAUUCACUCUAUGAUCAGGAACUGGAACAUUUGUCUCAAUCUCUGGGAAGAAAAAAGGUAAUUGUGGUUAUUGAUGACCUGGAGGACAGCAGUGAUUCAGCAAAGAGCAGUAUCCAACAGAGCCAGGGGAGCAUUGGCCGAUGGGCCUGUGAGCUGUUCCUGUUCAGUGCCCGGGAUAAGGAGUCCCUCAAAUCUGGGUCCCGACCUACAGAUGUGGAACUAAAGAUAAAUAGACUGUAUAGCAUUCUAAGCCAAGCCAUGUGAUCCCAGCCAAUCCUCAGCCAGCCAAGGCAGGAUAAAUAAAAACAUUUUACUGAAACCGAAAAUGGCUGGAUUCCCCCCCCCCCCCGUACUUUAUGUAAUGGUACAAACCUGCUGAAAUGUUAAGUGAAAACUAUCCCCCCAGGAUGAAUAUGUAACCAACAGACAGUUUAUAUCAUGUUGUGACCUAUUAAAUAAUCACCAA